AGCAUUGUCUAAGGAGACAAUCACAAAAAAUUAAUUCUCAGAGGAUUUCGGAGUUAUACGGUCAUAUCGGAUUUUUUUCUCUCAAGUUCCCCUCAUUAUACGAAUCGGCGUCCAAGGAUCUAAGGGCUAUUUGACAUCACCGCUCCCACGUGUUCUGCAUCCAGCGGCGGCGGCACCCGCCGUGACCCCGACCCUCCGCCCCCGGACUCGACUGGAAGCGCAGUCCCCCCAGCCUCGUACUGUUGUCGGAAGCGAGAGCCUGUGCUUAAAUACAGUACUCUUUUGCUGAACCAUUGCUAAUAAGAAAUAAGGCCUCACUGGAGACAUUCAAGCAAAAGUUGGACAACUACUUUUCCAGAACAGAAAGGAAACUCAUGCAUCAGAAAAGGUGACUAAUAAAGGUACCGAAAGAAUAUGGCUGCACAAAUUCCAGAAUCUGAUCAGAUAAAACAGUUUAAAGAAUUUCUUGGAACCUACAAUAAACUUACAGAAACCUGCUUUUUGGACUGUGUUAAAGACUUCACAACAAGAGAAGUAAAACCUGAAGAGACCACCUGUUCAGAACAUUGCUUACAGAAAUAUUUAAAAAUGACGCAAAGAAUAUCCAUGAGAUUUCAGGAAUAUCAUAUUCAGCAGAAUGAAGCCCUGGCAGCCAAAGCAGGACUCCUUGGCCAGCCACGAUAGAGGCGUCUGAUGGGUGGACUUUCCCUGAAAAGCUGCCAAUAGCUUUGCACUGGAAGUGAGGAUUCAUCUGAUAGGAUCCCCUGAACGCAGUAGCCACCAUGUUAACCAUCUGUCAGGACUGGCAAAUGGAAACCACUGGAGAAACAAAAUUGCUAUUUACCAGGGAUAAUCAAAAUAGAAGGUCUUAUUGCCCAAUCAAAAUGUAAGAUGCAACAUUUGUUGAGUCUUUAUGAUUCAGGAGCUUAGUCACUUGAUUAGAAAAAUAAACCAUUAUUUCUUCAAUAGUGACUAUUAAUUUUAAAGCAAAAUCAUGACUGAGAUAGAAAAAAUUUUUAUUUCUACAAGUUAAAUAAUAAAUGGAAAUAUCACUGCGCAGUUGUUUAUGCUAUAUCAUAAUAUAGUAUUCUGAUUGGACUGUGGAUACGUUGAAGUGUUUUUUCAAUCAGGAUCAUCUUCCAAGUAUUCCUGUUCAUUCAUGUCUGCCUCAAAUUGCUGGUAAAUACAUAAAAUAGUUACUAAUCAUUUCAAUGCA